AUGGCCGGGGUAACAUUUUUGGCGUUUGGAAAUGGAUCACCAGAUGUUUUCAGUACUUUCAGUGCUAUGACACAUGGAUCCGGCUCGUUAGCUAUCGGUGAACUUCUUGGAGCAGCAAGUUUCAUCACUUUUGUAGUGGCUGGAUCUAUGGCAAUAAUAACACCAUUUCAUGUCACCAAAUUGCCAUUUCUACGUGAUCUAAUUUUUUUCACUGGUGCUAUCUCAUUUACCCUCAUGAUAAUAUAUGACGGAAAAAUUCAUUUAUGGGAAAGCAUUGUCUUGGUAUUAUUUUAUUUUACCUAUGUUGUUGCGGUGUUAUUUGUAGCUUGGUAUGAAAAGGGUGAAAAUAAAGGAAAUGAAGUUUUUGACCAUUUAUUAUCUGAUAAUCGAACUGAUAAUAUUGGUAGUAGGGAAGCUUAUAUAGACCAAGAAUCACAAGGAUCCUUAACUCCAACUGAAUUUCAUCAAAAUAAGCCAGGUAGAAGAAGAAGUACAAUAUCAAUACAUCGAGGCAUGAGGCCUUCAUUACUUGGUGCAAUGGAGUUUCGUGAUGAUGUCAAUGCAGGAAGAUUUAGGUUACAUACAUAUCGCCAUAAUGAAUAUUAUAAUCGUCGACAAAAUAUACAAAAUCGUAGUACAACAAUGCCAUCAUACAAUUCCAUUAAUUGUAAUCCAAGAAGAAAGUCAUGGUCUAGUUUUGCGGGUCCUCUUAGUCGAUCACCUAUUUCUUUUAUAGAUGGUGAUUUAAAUAACCCCCAAAUUAAUAUUAGUGCUCCAACAUUGGCAAAAAUUGAUGAAUCUUCUUCAUCUGAUUUAACUUCCAAUCUAAACAAUACAAACUCUCAAGAUUCUGAUCUAAACAAUAAUGACAGCAACGAAGGCAACGAAGCAAUUAACAAUUUGAAUGUUCCACAUCUAAUGGUGACUCCGUCACUGUCAAAUCAAAGAGCUGCUCUUUCGCCUGAAUCAUCAAUACAUUCAUCACCACUCUCAUUGUCACCAAAAUCUCUACCAGAUAAUGAUACCGCUCCAAUAUCUCCUUUGUUUAUAGGAUCAACAGAUGAGUUAAAUAGUGGAACAAUAUAUAUUUCACCUGUUGCAUCACCUUCAUUUCCUCCCAUCACCAUUGAUGAACCAACUUGGUUGACAGAGGUGCAAGAAACUUUAUUUCCUUCAGUUACAGGAUUUUCACAGAAAUCUUUAUUUGCAAAAUUAACUGCAUUAAUAGCCAUUCCUAUCAUCCUUUUGCUUGCGCUUACAUUGCCCGUUGUGGAAACAAAUGACCCGAUUUCAGAAGAAAAUGAAAACAAUAAUGAAAGAACAAAUGAUUGGAAUAAAUGGUUGACUUCCAUACAACUUCUAUUUGCACCAAUAUUUAUAUCUACUGUUUUAUUUGCUGAUGGUGAUUCAAUUGUUAUUGUUGUAUCAUAUGCUUUCGUUUUUGGAUUGGCUUUAUCAAUCUUUUGUUUUUUCUUUACAGAUAAGAAUAAACCACCAAAUUUUUAUUCAUUACUUAGUUUUAUGGGUUUUGGUGUUGCAAUAGUUUGGAUAUUUCUUAUUGCAGACGAGGUAGUAGGUCUACUUCAAGCUAUAGGUCAAAUAUUUGAAGUAUCCGAUGCCAUACUUGGAUUAACAAUUUUUGCAAUGGGAAAUAGUUUGGGAGAUUUGGUUGCUAAUAUUACUACCGCAAAAAUGGGUUCGCCAAUGAUGGCUAUAAGUGCAUGUUUUGGUGGGCCUAUGUUAAAUAUUUUAUUUGGAAUUGGUAUUAGUGCAACUUAUACAACAAUUACAACCGGACAUUCAGUUAAGGUUAACAUAGAUACAACUUUAUUUGUUUCAGUAUUUGGACUAUUAAUUGGAUUAUGUUCAGCUUUAAUCUAUUUUCCUUAUAAUGGUUAUCAUAUGACAAGAGCUUGGGGAUGUUAUUUAAUUUCAAUAUAUGUUAUUUGUAUGAUAAUAAAUCUCAUAAUAGAAUUCAAUCCUAUGCAUUCAACUUCUGCUGAUAUUGGAGCAUUGGUUUGA